AUGCUCGGCAAGUCGGUCCUCGCGGCGCUGGCCCUCGCGGGCGCGGCGUCGGCCGUGUGCGGCACGCACAGCUACACGACGUGCGACGACGGCAUCACGCACUGGUUCGACCCCAACACGGGCGAGAUCUGCGACCCGCUCGACUGCGGCGGCGGGCGGGCGCCGCCCAAGAAGGACGUGCCCGGGUGCGCGGCCUACACGGGGACGGAGACGCGCCGCACCGAGGCGUCGUACCUGUCGUGCUGGACGCCGCCGGGCGGGAGGACGACCAUGGUGGGCGUGGGGGGCAAGAGCACUUCCGCGGAGGGGGGGAACAGUCCCGCGGCGACGACUACGGCUGCGGCGGAGGCUUCGUCGUCGGCGGCGGGUGAUGAGGGAAGCGGCAGCGGUGCUGUGACGACGACGACGCCGACGACAAAGGCGGGCGGCGUGUCUGCGUCUGCCUCGGGGUCGGCCAGUGGGGAGGCCCCGUCCACGACGGAGCCGGCGACGCUGACGACGGCGGUGAAGAGUUCUGGUUCGGCGAGUGGAAGUGGAAGCGGCAGCGCAAGUGGCAGCGCGGCGGGCGCGACGACGACGAACGCGGGAGCCGUCGUCCAGGGGGGGUCGCUGAUGGUGGUUGCCGGAGCGGCGAUGGGCGCCGUGGCCCUGAUGUGA